CUCUUUCUAGUCCCCCAUCCUCUUUCUGUUUCAUCCACUUCCUCAUCUCCUCGAGCUCCCUCCUCCUCAUCCUCAUCCUCCUCCUCCUCCUCUUCUACUCCUCACUUCUCCAUUCACUCAUCCCCUCAUCACCCAUCUCUCAUCGCUGUAUUCCAUCUGUAUCGAGCGACAUUCCGCCUGUCCUACUAAUAGCCCAUCCUCCCAUCCUCCCAUUCUCCACCAACUACUCCCAUCCUCUAACCCACACCACCCACCCAUCCCACCUCAAACCCAUUUAUCACCUUGCCACCUCUCCUGCAGAUCCCGCACGCGAUUUCCGCAUCACUUCCCUCCUUCUCAUCAUUUCCCCCCACAUCUCCCAUCACGCCUUCACAAAUGAGCCGGCCAGACCAUCAAGACAUCAAUCACAUGAACCUUGCAGAGCUCGAGGCGCGUGAACUCGCCCACGCUCUUUCGGCUCACACUCUCGCCGGCACAGAGGCGCACAGUGCCCUAACAAUCUCUGGACUACUGGGUACCUCUCCUGAGCGGCGACUUGGUAUGUCCUUUCCAAACGACGGCAUCGAGCGAGAUGUGUGGAACGAAGCUGUCGAGUCGGCUCGGCGAGCAGGUUACGACCCCGUGCGGCGGCGAGCCGAGAACCGCGCCAUUGCGCAAGAGUACCGGCAGGCGGCGCAAGCAAUACGCGAUCGCCAUCUAAACCGCGGGCCCAUGAGCCUAGGUCCCCACCCUAUAUCUGGGUGGGACAACAAUGGGCGCAUGGCAAGCACCAUCCUCCGCCGGCCCCCGCGGCGCAUCUAUGGCUUUGACCCGAGCGACAUCGAUCCCCCGGGUGGUGCGGACGAUCAUAUCUGGGAACGACUGGGGGCCGUAGAGAGUGACGAGGACGACGAUGGGUGGGGCACGUUUCGCACGGCAUCUGUCGAGUAUCCGGGACAGCAAAUGCUCGUCGACAUGUUCGAGGUCGACGGUUGGGGUGCCCCACCCGAUGCCAAUUCCACCCUUACGCGUGGAAGGAUGAACCGGCGCCGUCCGAGUCGAGGGGACGACGGGCGACGACGGCAGCGCGACGAUGACGAAAUGGAAGGCGACUCGAAACGGCGGCGACACGUCGAGCCGAGCCACGCGCCAGACAACGAGCGACCCGGUUACCUCCUGUUAACGACGCUGUCGCCUAACGCCAAGCUACCCACCAUGUUCGAGUGCCCGCCGAGAUCCCGCGAUCCCAUGAAGACGAGCUUCCUCGAUCUCACUGUCGAGGAGCGCGAGGGCGUGUGGCGCCCUGUCGUGUCAUUUCGCCCUGAGGCGGGCGACAGGCUAUCCAAAGAGGAUACGGACGCAUGCUCUUUGCACACGUCUGCACCUAUCCCUCCCGGCGUUGGUGUGUUCUACUACGAGGUCGAGAUUCUCAACAUCGGCUCGCAAGGACACAUAUCUGUCGGCUGGACCAGGCCCGAAUGCGACCACAGACGGCUCGUGGGCUGGAACAAAGGCAGCUGGGGGUGGCAUGCGGAUGACGGCAAGACAUUCGAGGGUAGAGGCGAUGGGCGAGACUUCUCGGAGCCGUGGAACACGGGCGACGUGGUCGGAUGCGGUCUAGACAUGACGAUCGGGCGCGCUUUCUUCACACGCAACGGGAAGUUGCUAGGCCACGCCUUUUCCAAGAUGCCGCCCGGCCUCUAUCCUGCCGUCGGCAUGAGAAACGAGGAGGAGUCAGUCGCGAUCAAUCUCACAGGCCCCUUCCGGUACAAUAUCGUCGAGCACGUCCAGGCUGUGAGGGACGGCAUCCGCGCCACCCUCGACCCGCAGCACGAGGCCUUCUCCGACCUGCCACCGCCUAUCCCCGUGCCGAAACUCGUAGGCCUGCCAAGCACAUCACCCUCCACGCCCGCCGACAAGCGCCUCUCGGAACCCGAAGCCGUCCUCCUCUCCAAGCUCAAGGCAAAGCUCAAGUUGCGGCGGGAAGACUCGCCGUUCUCGCCGCCCGACGGUUCGCCCCUCGUCAGGGGGCCGGACCGUGCGGCCGCCGCCCUCGUUCUCGAUUUCCUCUCAUUCAACGGACACAGCCGGGCACACUACUUGUUGACAAGGGAUAUGCGCGCGCGUGGGUAUCUGCCACCACGCGCGCAGCCAGAACCAUCUGCCCGUCCCGAGCCUGGGCCGAGCGGAACCAAGGACGACUAUCCAAGCACAAGCGCCGCGAUCCGGGCCGCGGUGGACGCUCUCGAGGCCGGCGAAGUGCGCUGGCCCCUCAUCCGGUCACUAGGCGGCGCUGGCGAGUUGGCGCGGCGCCUUGACGUGUACGCGUUUGCUGCCGAGGCGCGUGCCGCUAGCAGUCGUGUGUGCGACGACGAGGCCGACGACGAAGACGGAGAGGUCGCUGCCGUGGCUAUGGGGCAGGAUCUGGACCGCCGUUCGCGCUCCGAGGGAUGGCCUGACGCCGACCUUGAUCUCUUGGGCCGCGCCAACCGCCAGAUCGUACUCCCGGACGACUCGUUGGAUUCGGACCGGCGAGCUGACGCCGCGAAGCUCAAUCGCUUGCUCCGCGAUGCAGCGGGAAUCCAGCGCCACUCGUGUCUCUAUCUCGCGACAGCGCAGACGGGCCUCGUGCACGAUGUGCUGACGGAGCGGGGGGACGAGUCGGCUGCAUUCAUGGGGCUCUCAUACGUGUUGGAUAGUUAAACUAGAUGGUGGAAGCAUGUAUACUACUACGUUGAGAUCUAUACUCGUG